AUGAAGUGGCCGGCCGCCUCCCUCGUUGCCUUGGCUCUGGCCCAAGCCUGCCUGCUCCCCGGCGAAUCUCAAGCGCCGACCGAGAGGGUCGUCUACGGCAAGGCGAAUUCGAAAUCGACCGACCUGGCCGUCGGGGCGGGCGAUCGAUUUAGCGGCGGCCAGUCGACGCCGGUUGGCCUCGGCAUGUCCGAUCGCGACCUGCAGUCGAUCCUCAACGUCGGCGAGGUCGACUCGGGCCUCCACGCCUUGGCCAGGGCCUUCAAGGCCGUGACCAUCUUUCCGGCGCCGCACAGGACGUUUGAGGAUCGCAUCGUCUACGGUCUGGUCAUCGGCCGGCCUCGCGUCUUCCUCUUGGGCGGCAUCCACGGCCGCGAGCGGGGCGUGCCCGACAGCCUCGUCUACUUUCUAUCCGACCUCCUCACAGCCCGUGCCUGGGGCGCCGGCCUCUCCUACGGCGGCCAGAACUACACCAACGUGCAGGUCAACGCGGCGCUCUCGGCCGGCAUCGUCGCGGUGCCGCUCGCGAACCCGGACGGCGCCGCCCACGACCACGCCACGCGUUCGUGCUGGCGCAAGAACCGCAACGCCAGGGUGUCGGAGGGGAGAGGCCAUCCCACGGCGACGGGUGUCGAUCUGAACCGCAACUUUGCCGUCAUGUGGGACUACAAGCGAAUCUUCCACGAGGCCGCCGACCUCAGGUUUGCCGCGUCGGACCAGGCGGCGAGCGAGGUCUUCCACGGCACGGCCCCCCUCUCGGAGCCCGAAUCGCAAAACGUCGACUGGGUGUUUGAGCGCCAGGGCGGCCUUUCCUGGUUCCUCGACCUGCACUCGAACAAGGGCGACAUCUUUUACGCCUGGGGCGACGACGAUUACCAGGUGGACGACGCCGGCCAGAACUUUGCCAACCGCACCUACGACGGCAAGCGCGGCUUCCUCGCCCAAGAGGGCGAAAGGGUCCCCUACCGCGAGUACAUUGAUCCGAGGGACCUCGUCGCCCAGCAGUCGGUCGUCUCCGCCAUGAGAACGGCCAUGGAGAGGGCCGGCUCCGUUCGGUACAUGGCGAGCCCGCACUCGUCACGGUACGUCACGUCGGGAACCAGCGCCGAGCACGCCUUUGGACGCGACAAGGCGGGCAGCUGCGCCGCGAAGCGCGUCCACGGCUUGACCAUGGAGUUUGGCCGACAUUCGGAGAGCCCCUUCUGCCCCUUUUACCCGGACAAGGAUGCGUACCACGAGAAUCUGCGACAGGUGGCGGUCGGGCUGAUGGAGCUGCUGCUGGCGGUGGCGGCCGAGGACGGAGGCGCAUGA